UGAUAAAACUGGGAAAAAUGCCGCGACUGCCCGAUCGGUGGCUUAAGUAUAGCCCGUAUGGGGGCACGAUAGCGGACCGUUUCAUCGCUCUAAAAGUGCCACUUUCAGCGCACUAUACGGGCAUUCCGGAGGCUGAUCGCUUCACUCCAACGGAUGCGAUCGAGACGCUUUCCCUGGGACUGAUAAUCGAUUUGACGAACACCACCCGGUACUACGAUCCGAACGAGUUCACCGACAACAGUGUAGAGUAUCAAAAGCUGUUCGUGAAAGGCCACGCAAUUCCUGAGUUUAGCACAGUGAAACGUUUUCUUAGUAUAGUCAAACAAUUCUUACGAGACCCAUCGAGCAGAGGAAAGUAUGUUGGUGUUCACUGCACGCACGGACUGAAUCGCACCGGGUACCUGGUGUGUGCGUACCUGAUCUUGGAGCUCGGCUACCGCGCCAAGGACGCCAUCAAACUGUUCAACCACAAACGUGGCCACGAAAUGGAGCGCGUCAACUAUCUGAACAGUUUGUACGAGAUGGAGCAAAGCCGGAAGACUUUACCAGGGCCGCGCUAUCGACAGACGAGCCCACGUGGCGAUCCACACAGCCCACGUGGCGAUCGACGAAGCCCACGUGGCGAUCGACACAACACGCCAGUCAUAGUGUCUAAUCCUGACCAUCGCUACCGAAGGGGACAUCACCCUUAUUCGCUUCACAACGAUCGCUACCAAGCCAUGCCGAAACGGACCGUAUUUGAGUGAAUGUGUUGUUUUAGAAAAAUUAUAAAAAACUAAUAA